AUGGCGACCUCCAAUCCGUAUGGUACCGGGAAAUACAAGACCAACGUGGGAAGAGCGAUCUCGAAGAAAUGGAAAGAUCUCCGACAGGUUAAUUAUGAGGGCUCUGAUUGGGGAGAUGAUGAAGAAUAUGAUGAGCCAGAACCCGUGUCUGCGCCUAAUCCUCGACAUCCAGGUUGGGCUCCUCAACCUGGCAUUCCUCCUGCCAACCGAAGCUUUACCAGUCCCUCCCCUCCUCGAGCAGGCCAGAGGCCUUCGUUUGAUCGGGGCGAUGAAAGACGAUAUGUCUCUUCUUCUGUUGGCUUUGAAUCGGCGUACCCCACAACCCAACGUUCGCCUUUUCCGGAGCCGCAACACGACGAUGACCCUUCUGCCUCAAACUAUGCGAUGCAUGGUCCUCUUCGCCUCAACACCCAGGGACAGCCUCCUAUGCCUCCAGGUGGUUUCCGACCAGGCUCGAGAGGGAGACAACAUCCGGCAUACGAGGAUGUGCCCUUCUCAGCCCCAGGAGGCUUCCCCCAGCAAGGUUCCCCUGGGUUCGGUAGUCGGUCUCCUCUUAGCGACGUGUAUCAGCGUCGCGAAAGUCCCAUGAGGCCGGAUAGUCGUUCUUCCAAUGCAUCCCACCGACAAUUCCCUCCGCGCAAAGUAAGCUUAAGCCAACAGCCUCCUCAGCCAGAUUUCUCACAACAGAGCGAGUCUCCCGUGCCUUCUUCCUCUCCAGGACUUGGCAGUACCACUGCAAUCGACGAUCGUCCCCCACCAGUAUUCAUCCGACCAUCCGAUAUCUAUAAGCGUAUGCCUGAGGAGAUGGAGAAAAUUCGCAAAUCGCAAGAGUCAUCCCGUCCAAGCAUCGAUUCAGUGUCAAACCCAGCCAGAGAAGGUUCUGUUGGUGGUCGCUCGACUUCCUCAGAUCCAAAGGAACCCACAGGCGCUAUGCAGCUGGCAACGGAUGAUCACGAUUCUGCCCGUCGUCUGAAGCCAACCUUGGACACCGUCCCGGAGCGUAAGAGCGAGUAUGGGUUUGAUAAUUUACUCAAGCUAUCAAGCGAUGACAGCCAAACAACAAAGGAGACUAAGAUUGAGACUGAGAAGGAAACCGUGGGGGUAUCGAGGCAGGAUACUACUGCGUCUUCUGUCUACUCUGAUCGUCCGGAUCCAGUUUCCGCCUCAACCAUCUCUAGUAAUGUAUCAAUCAACGAUGGUGUUCGGGAGACAGAUCAUCGUUUACCUGAUGCGAAGGAAGCUUUCGGGCUCCCCCUCGUCCACAGAACAUCUGGAUUUGACGUGGACCUUGCAGCACUGGGAAAGUCGGUAUCAGAACCCAAGUCUGAGACGUCGAAGCCCUCUGGCGAUGUAUUACCACAGGGAGCCGUGUCCGGUGACGAUGGCAUUCGACCCAAAAACCAAGGGUUGCAGCACCAGCCAACCCUUGGGUACAGAUCAGUUGUCCAGCAGGCCUUCGAUCAGAGCGAGGAUCACCCGCCCUUUUCUCCCACCUCUACGUCAGGAACUGUUGAUCGUUCAAACAGUGCCUCAACGACUGACAUUAGUCCUAUCAUAAGUCGCAAACUUGAUCCAAUACCGACUUCCUCCGUUAUUCAGACUGUGCAGGCCGCCAUUCCUGAAGAGCCGGCGCAAUCAGAGUCUCGUCCGACGUCAACCAUUACGUUGAGGCCUGGGGAGGUGCAGCCAAUCCAGGAAGAAAUGCUUUCUUCGCCACCCCCUAUUCUUUCGGGCUUUCGACGAGACGUAAAUCCUCCGAGUCGAGAUAACAGUCCUGCAAAGAAGCCUCAAGAAAUUGGACCUCAGGAACACCAGCAUCCACAAUCUGGCUCACUUGUGGACGAUGAGACCAAACGACCUGUCCCAGAAGGACCAGCUCGUGGUUUGGGUUUGGUGGACAAACCACUCCCCGCGGAGCCCAAACCAGAGGCGGCCUCUGCAGGCGCAGGCAGUCCUCCUCCGUCCAGCCCGAAAACAUCACCAACAACCGAAGUGCGUGAUGCUACAGACAAGCCAGAAUCAAGCCCAGUCCGAUCUAUCCUUGACAUCCCAAAUACCCAACCCCCCCCGUCAAGUGAGGAUCAAGGACGCCCUGGACCCCAGACGCGUCUAGAGAGUUUUCGUCCCUCGAUCCCUGGAGGAUGGCAAUCAUAUGCCUCAUCGACAGGUUCAGCCACUCCUGACACAAACACACCUUUUCAAAGCCAGAGGAAUGUUCUAUCACCUGAACACCCAUUUACCCAGAGACGGGUCGAGAGCACUGAGAGCAUACCUACUGCCCGUGCACCUACAAAUAUCACUUCAGGUGGCGAUGGUGUAACACAAAAAGCUUUCGCAGCAGCGGCAUCCGCUGGGAGUGCUUUAGCUGGGGCGUUAGCUGGUCACCGCCUGAGUGAACAAGUGCAACAUUCCGAUGAAUCGUCGACAGAAGAAAAUGACAACGAAUGGGACGCAUCCAGCUCAUCCAGCGAGGAGGCUGCGGAAGCGGUAAUGACUUCUCUUCCGGCGCCAGCGCCGGAGAGUCAGGACAACGAGCAAAUAGCUGAGCAGCAAGAAAAGGAUCUGGUGGUACGAACAAAUUCUGGACCAGCAACCAGCCUAGUUCGGGCUUCAUCUGUGUCGAGCUCAGCCCCAUCGACUCACGCGUCUGCUGGGGCCGGAGACUCUCGCUCGGACGUUGACUACAUGCCAGCCCCGCUGCGCACAAGUCGUUUGAUUGAAAUCUCGAGCCCUCGGCCACCUAUCCCCAAUGUUUCAGUGCCAGAUGAGACUCCCACUGAGAGUGACAAUGAGCGACUACAACAGGAAAUCGUCAGAAGUCUAACUCCAAAAUCGUCAAACCUGGAGGAGCAAACGGCAGUCCAAAGGAACCUGCCUGACACAGCUCCCUCUAAAAAUGACAUAGAUGCAGAAGCUGUGUCUAAGAAACUAGCUCCUCUGCAAGUCAUCACCCCCCAAUCAGCACAGGCAACCAUCCCGAGCAACGAUGGACAUUUGUCCAAAGCUGGUCAACCAUUGACUGAAUCCAAGAAGCUGCCGCCACAGCCUUCCGCUACAUCAUUGGGAGCGGCUACACCCCCGAGCCUUAACAUAGAUACGCCAGGUGCCGCCCAAACAGAGACAUCCGUCGAACAGAACUUACCAACAGCGGGUAAACCAUUCCUCCAACAACGGUUCUCCUGGGAGACAAGCAGCUCACAACCGCCGUCUGCGUCAACACCAAAACAAAUGAGCCCGCCUUCUACAAGCUCUCCAGACACGAUCACAGCUCACACCCCACUCGUGCCUAGCUCAAUUGACAACGUUCAGAGAAGCGUCGAAGUCAAUCAACCGAUAGCGAGGCAAACAUCUCUGUCUUCAGAUCAGCCUUUCGAACCAGUGCAUGGUCCUCCGUUUCCCGCGACCGCUACAGAGGUACCCCAUUCACCACUAGUGCCCCAGUCACCACAACCUCCUCCUGAUGGGCUACCAACUUUCCGCACAAUCAUGAAUCUCAGUUCACCGGCAGAACGUAUUAAGGCAUUCAAUGAAAGUAGGCAAUACUAUGCCACACCAGAUGAACAGCUGGGAAAUUGGUUGUUGUCGAUGAAGACGCCGGAAAAUUUGGAGCUGUUUGCUACGAAUGGACGGCUAUCAUUAGACACGGCUGAGAGCCCUACUGCACACAAACCGUCGCCCCGACGAAUGCUGACACAAUCAGCUGGACACAUGCAAGAGGACGGGAAGAAGCUAAUGGCAGCUGCUGGACGAUUCGGUGGCAAGGCGGGUACCGCCGCUAAAGGCCUGUUUGCUAAGGGAAAAGAGAAGAUGCGACACGCGAGCUCCGGCGAAAAGGGGACACUGGUCGAGCGACGAAAAUCUACUGGACUUCAUCCAGACGAACGAGAAGAUCUUGCCUCCCCUUCCCAGCCACGAGAUUCCACAUCCCUUGAUGGUCCACCGCAAAUUCCAUUGAACAUCACGCCAGCCUCUCCCAUUGAUUGGUUCUCAAACCCCGAGCUCAAGAGGUCACGAACCAGUGAUCUGGACCAGAUGCUACAACCAGAAACAACAGCUUCUUCCGCGGCACAUGAAAGUCAGGCUAUCAACUCGGCACGAUUGGAGCACGUCAGAGUAUUAUCUGCCAGUGGCAGCGUAUCUUCUGCUACUCCCGUCGCUCCUGUACUUGCUCCUAGUCCGGCGGUCUCAGCCCUGGAUAGCGAGCAAGGGCAUAACGAGGAUGAUGGCUUGCCUAGCCGUUCUAUCAGCCAGUUAACCAGACCUACGGACGAGUCACCAGUGGAACGAAGCAAUAGCCGGAGGGAAAUCCCUGCUGCUCAACUUCAGGUCAGUCCUAUUGACUCUCGUGGCUUAUCGCCAAAUACUCUCGCUGCUCCAAAAUCUCUUACGGAGCAUCACGACGGGUCAGCAUCCGAUGCCCACUCCAGCGACCGGAGCCUGCAAGUUCCACAGCACCGGCGACGGUCUGUCAUCUCCGACGUAUCCAGUGCAGAUCCCAGUCCUACCAUUAGUGCCGACCGUCAACAUGGCAGGAGGAGUGUGUCUCUAUCACCUGCGGACGACCUACCAGCUCAUCCAAUGCCUGCUGCGCACGAAGAGCGGAUACCCCAGCCUGAACAGCGCGCUCCCACAGCUGUGGCUGUGGUGGCGAACAUUCGACCAUCCUUCGACACCAAGGAAGGCCAAACAGAGCCUCCGAUGGCAACAGGUCUUCCUCCAUCAACACAAGAGCGUUCCGACGUACAGGAUUUGAAGCCAGCUGUUGCGACUAUAGGGCCACACUCUACUGCUGAACCACCGACCCAGAAGUUCGCGUCGCAGCAUGAGCAAGACCGCGAGAACUACCCGCUUGGCCACCAUCGGCCCUUCUCAUUUGCUGGCAUUGAAGGUAUUGGCGCCAUCCAUCAGUCAGAGCAGAUACAUGAGCAAGAUCUCAGUAGGGUUCCAUCUCAGCCGAUGAGCCCGAUAAGUCUAGGUCGAAGCAGUGCGGGAGGGUUUAGCAAGGAGAUGUCGCAAGUCAGUGUUGAAGAGCCUUCGGAUCAGGCAAACGACCCAGGGCAAAGACAUUCGCGAUCAUAUUCUAGGCCUUUCAUCGCUGAACCAAAUGUCGGCAGUGACCCAGCAUUACGUGCGAUGGUACCAGGGCAGCCCCAAAUGGAUCGUGCCCAAACGUAUCCUAUUGAGAACCCCUUGCCUAGUGCAAGGCGGCCCCAAGAAGAGCUUGAUCGUUUGCGCCAGCGAAAAGAGCAGCAUCAAAUGGCCGCCAUGCAUCAACACCAGCCGCCCAUGGAAGAACAAUAUCGCAUACCAGGUCCGUAUGGGCAAAGAUAUUCAUUAGCUAACCAAGUCUCUGCCCCCACAAGCGGCCGGGGCAACACUCCAGUACCAGCUAGCGGACAGCCACCAACCAGUGCGCGCAGAUCUCAGCAAUAUCCUAGCCAGAUUCCACCGCAGCCUCAUCCUGGUACCAGCUCAAACAUGUCAAUGGAAGGCCCGAAUCGCCCGGGAUACCGGGAUGAGUCUUCUUACAAGUCUGGGUCUGUUGCUCAUGUGGAAUAUGAUCUGAAGUCCGGAGAACCUGUGAAUUAUCCCUACGGUCGGUCAGUGCAGCAACAUCGUCAAUCAAUUAAUCCACUACCCACUCCUGCUGCACAAUCGGUGUCUUCACAGCCAGCAUCACAGGGUCCGCAGACAGAGAGAAAGAAGAGUAUGCUUGGGAAGCUCUUCGGCGUUGGCUCCCAGUCGCGUUCGAAGCUCCAGAAACAAGGGAGAGUCGGCGCUGCACUUGACAGCGCAGAAAUCGUACAGAAGGAGAAGCGUGGUAGCUUCCUGCACCGUAAUGACAGUAUGUCAUCAGAGAGAAGUGGCAGUUACGGUCGUCAGGACCAGCUUGGACAACUUGGCUCGCCCAGCAUUCAGUCUCACUCUGCAAGACGGCUAUCUAAGGAUGUCCUACGAGCGCCUACCCCAGAGACGGGUGAGAGAGGAACAGAGGGAAAGAAGAAGAGGUUCUCAGGGUUUGGAGGCAGCCUCUUCAAGAGCAGCAGCAACACACGGGCUGCAACAGUACCUACUCCUUCACAGACACAGGGACAUCAUGUUCCUGCUCAACGUGUUAUAUCACCUGAACCAUAUUCGGCGCAGAACCACCGGGUCACAUCUCCAGAGCCGUAUUCCGCGCACACCCCUUAUGGCCGGUAUCCCAUGGGGCCUGGAGGUUACUUCCCCCAAGACCCUGGGCAUCUACAAUACUCUCAGUCUGCAUAUCCAGCAAGCCAAACGCAAUCUCAACCAUCUCAGUAUUCAAAUGUGACCACUCCGUACCAACAUCAUUCAGACCGCAGCAGUUAUCCAUACCCGGGACAACCUCCCCAGUCACUGCCACCAGGUCAACAGCAAGCAGCGGGACUGUAUCCAUCCAAUACGUAUCCAUACAUGAACCUGAAUCAAAGUCGACCAUCCGAUCUUCGCAUUGACACAAGUGGCGGCAACCGUAGUCAGUAUUACGCGCCCGCUACUGCCCCGGCACAGGGCUACUCGAGACCGGUGUCCUUCGCUUCGACGCCGCCCCCGAAUACAAACCCAGCCAGUACGAUAACAACCACAGGCGGGCCUACAUCCGCUGGUUUGGGACAGCCUACGCCUUCAAUCCGACAGGACCCUCGUACGCAUGUCAUUGACCUCCACAAACGAUCACGCUCACCACGACUUGGCCGCCCCGGCUCUGAUGACCUGGACUCCGGCCAACCACGAGGCACUCCAAAUAUCGGCGUCAACGACAUGUUAGGUACAUUCAGCUCCAAGAAGAUCAGUCCUGUUGGUGGCAUCGCGCGUCCAGACGAUGACCAAGAAAGGCCCUUUGCAAUCACGGUUCCUGGGCUCGAUGAUGAUGGAAACGAUCGACGCAAGAAGCAGCUUCUUCGCGAACGGAUCGAAGGUGCAACAACGAGGAGCGACACGCCCGUCAGCGUCGACUCCAGCAGCCACCCUGAGCAGAUCAACACCAACACGAGCCAGGGCCUCGAACGCAACGUGUCAAUUCUGGAGGGAUCCCGAGAUCCAACAUCGCCCCGGGAAGCACGCCGUUCUAGUGCAAGAGACAAGACCACCCCCGGAAUAAUUGCAGAAUUGCCGGGCUCCAAGGCCGAGGGGUAUGAAUCGGAAGAAGAGAUUCCAAUGAGUGCUACAGCGUACCCUGGGCAGGAAUGGAUGCCAGUUUUUGUCAAUGAUGACUGA